AUGAUUUUCAAUGAAAAAUAUCCCCAAAUUGAUAGGUUGUCUGACACUUUGGAUAUGAAAGCCUUGGGUCCCAACAUCUUUGGGAUCAUGAAGCAAUCAAGAAAAUUAGCUAAAGUCACCUUUCAAGGAUUGAAGGAGUUGGUUAAAUUUGGUAGAUUUGUAAAGAAAGAAGGUGUCCAAGCUACUAGUACUCCAAUUGCUAUAGUGGUAGAAGAACAUGUGGCACUAUCAAGGUCAAAUCUUAGUUUUUUGUUUGAGGUUCCUGAUGAUGAUGAUGAUGAUGAUGAUUAUGAUGAUAAUGACAAUGAUGAUUAUGAUAACAAUGAUGAUGUGAAAUUUCAUUUGUUCAUUCCCUCGAAGGAGCCAGUCAAUGAAGCUAUGAUUACUCCAGCUGAGACAGAAUAUGUAAUCAAUAUUUUCAAGCAACCGGAUAAUCCGGCGCCCGAAUUGAUGGAAGCACUUAUUAAAGAAUUACAGUCAACUGCAAGGAAACCUCCCCAGGCAGUUCCUGUUACUUUUGAAUCUCCAUAUGAGAGUUAUAAAGAUGAACCAAACGCCUCCCAUAUGACAAAGAAGUGA